AUGUCUGAAGACCAGGAUCUGAUGGCCAAGAUCAGCCAGCUUGCUGGUCAGAUCAAUCGACACAAGACGCAGUCCCAAUCGCCCGCCCCUUACGGUCAGGAAUCUCACUCCGGCCCAUACGUAUCGCGACACGCGUCCUCCCGUGGACGACCGGGAUGGGCACCCUAUCGAGGCCGACCCUACGGACGAGGACGCGGCGGAGCUCCCCACCGACACCGUACUCUCAUCCUCAACAACGCCACGUCGGGAACGCCUGCUAGCUCGACCCCUUCCGUUGGCGCUGCAUCCGACAACGAUGGCGACACUCGAUCAAACACGCCGAAUGGAUGGGUCGCCAAACAUGACCGCCACAUGCAGCUGAUCAACUCGGCUAUCUACGACAAGGAGGCGCAGACCAGGGCAAAGGCUAUGGAAGAGAGUCGGAAAGCCAAAGCCCACAAGAAGGCUCAGAUCGAACAGGCCAAGGUGCUGAGGUAUGCGCAGGGGGUUGGAAGACAGCAUCCACCUCCUGCGGUUCCCAAGGCAUCGGCAACUACUGAGCCGAUGGCCGAGUACCAGGUCUAUCUCAACGAUAUCCCGUUCCGAGUGUCGCGUGGUGGCGGCAAGUUGAUUCGAGUCUCUGGUGCGACUUCCCCGUGUGCCCCGCUGCCCCAGGGGGCUGACUUACCGUCGAUAGGUGAUCCCAAUACGGCCAACAAUACGCCCAAGCGAGUCACGGUGGCUGGCGUGACGUUUUUCGUGCUCUGUCUAGGAACGUGCUACAAGGGACCGAAUUGUCUCUACAUCCAUGACCCGAACAAAGUCGCUAUGUGCAAAGACUUCCUUCAAACUGGUAAUUGCAAUGCAGGUAUAAGUUGCGAUCUCUCCCAUGAGCCUUCGCCCCAUCGAUCCCCCACUUGUAUGCAUUUCCUUCGCGGGCGCUGCGUCAAUCCGGAGUGUCGGUAUGCCCACAUCCGGCUGACUCCUGGCGCGCCUGUGUGUCGAGCCUUUGCAAACCUGGGUUACUGCGAGAAGGGUUCCGAGUGCGACCAGCGUCAUGUGCACGAAUGCCCUGACUAUGCCAAUACCGGCGUCUGCAAUAAGAAACGGUGCAAGCUGCCCCAUGUGGAUCGAGCUGGACAGAUCCGGAAGAACACUGCUAAUAACCGCACCGAGAUCAUGAUCGAUGAGGACGAGUCUGAUGCCUCUAGUGAGGAAGAAGAGUAUGAUCAGAUCGACUCGGAUGACAUUGACUCGGAUGAGCUGGACGAUGAGCCCGAGGAGCUUAUCGAGGGAGCCGGUGGCAGUGAGCUCUCGCAGCAGCAAGAUUAUAUUCGCCUCUAA